AUGGGCGUCUUACGGAGCACGCAGAGCAUGCAGGCGGAGGUGGAGGAGAUGCGCGCCGCGCUCUUCCACGGGGGCGCGGCCGCGGCCGGGUGGCGCCCCUCGGCCGGCGACAGCGACGUCAAGCGCGCGGCCGGCGGCGACGAAGGCGCGGCGGGCCCGCGCACCGUGUGCGUGACCGGCGGCAUAUCCUUCGUCGGCUUCGCCAUCGUCGACCGCCUCCUCCGCCACGGAUACACCGUGCGCCUCGCCCUCGAGACACAAGAGGACCUGGACAAGCUGAGGGAGAUGGAGAUGUUCGGGGAGGACGGCCGGGAUGGGGUUUGGACGGUGAUGGCGAAUGUGAUGGAACCCGAGAGCCUGCACCGGGCGUUCGACGGCUGCACCGGUGUGUUCCACACCUCGGCGUUUGUAGAUCCCGGGGGCAUGUCCGGCUACACGAAACAUAUGGCUAGCUUGGAAGCCCAAGCAGCGGAGCGGGUGAUCGAAGCGUGCGUGAGGACGGAAUCCGUCAGGAAGUGCGUCUUCACCUCGUCCUUGCUGGCCUGCGUGUGGUGGCAGAACCAUCCUAAUGAAAGACGGGGCCCGACCAUCCUGGACGAGAACUGCUGGAGCGACGAGAGCUUCUGCCGCAACAACAAGCUAUGGUUUGCACUUGGGAAGACAGCGGCAGAGAAGGCGGCCUGGAGGGCGGCCCGGGGGAGAGACCUCAAGCUCGUCACCGUCUGCCCCGCGCUGGUCACGGGGCCGGGGUUUCGCCGCCGCAACUCUACGGCAUCCAUCGCGUACCUCAAAGGAUCUGGUGUCAUGCUCGCGGAUGGCGUCCUGGCGACGGCGAACGUGGCGACGGUGGCCGAGGCCCACGUCCGGGUGUACGAGGCGAUGGGCGACAACACGGCCGGCGGCAGGUACAUCUGCUACGACCAUGUGAUCCGGAGAGCCGAGGAGUUCGCCGAGCUGGAGCGGCAGCUCGGGAUCCCGAGAAGAACGGCGGCAACGCAGAGCGUCGACGACGACCGUCCAGCGAGGUUCGAGCUCUGCAAAAGGAAGCUGGGGAGGCUCAUGUCCUCGAGGAGGAGGUGCACGUACGAUGACUAUUACUGCCCUGUUACGUUCCAAUAG